UCAGAAGAAGCAACACGGAACGAAUGACAUCGCCACACUCAAAGAAACUCUUCGUCAUCAACAUCAUCGCCCACUCUAUUCGGAUCCUUUGCCUCUCAUUCAAGAACUCUCUCUCUCUCUCUCUCUCUCUCUGUGUCUAUCUCGGCGUUCGUUCGAUCACUCGAGCCAGAAGAUACAGGCCCAGCUCAAAUUGCAACCAGCCGGAGCAUCGGCCGGUGAAUUCUGUGUAAAGAUCGAGGAUUUGAUGCGGGUUUGAUCGGUUCUUUGGCUGAUCUUGUUCCUUUUUGGGUUCUUGUUCUUGGGUCACUGCCUUUAUUGGGCACCUUUGAUUUAAACGUGCCCGGAUUUCGUUUCCUGUCGCUCCUGGAAUGUGGCGUGCGUCGCGGGGCGGUCGAGAUUGAUUGGCUUUUUUGUUUGGAUUGAAUCUUUUAGAGGCGUUGCGCGGAAGCUUUGAGGCUCGUUUGUGAUCGUGGGGCGACGUGUGAAGGAUUUUUUCGUCUAGGUUCUUGGAGGAUUUUUUGGUGGGUGUGGGGUGGGUGUUGAUUUUGGGGAGAGAUUGGUUUUUUGGUUGGCUGUCCAUGAAAUGUCUGGUGGGACACCAGUUGGUGGUGGGUUCGUGAGGCAGAGGCAUAGCCAGGGCUACUCCUCCGGCGGCGACGACCUCGAGGACGAUGCCUGCUCGAGGACGACGACGCCCGGAUCGGCUCCGGUUCCGAGAGCCCGGACGUGGGUCGAGGUAGUGGAGAAUGUCCUUUGGAUCGCUUCGGCGGUGUUCAUCGUGUACUUUGGGGAUUGGCAUUCCAAUCUCAUUUAUCUCUUGUGGCACGACGGCAGAAUCAGAAGAGUGCCUUUGUACCUCGGGAUGUUCGCUGUUGGUUUGAAUUUACUCAUUUUCUUUUAUACAAGCAUGAUGGCGUGGAGAAUCAAGAGAUUUGAUGAAAAGUGGGAGCUAGCUGGCAUAGCGGCAUUGCCAUAUGUCACUCUACUUGGUCUUGUCGCAUUUUGCAUGCUGUCUUUUGCUUUAUGGCCUAUUUGGAGUUUCUUGACCCUUCCUCUUCUGUUUACCCUUUUUAUGGCUUGCAUGGUGGUAUUGCCGAAUCUUAUGAUUGGGAUGUGCAGACCACAAAAUGGCGAAUUCCGAACAGAUUAGACAACCCCGAUUGGAUGAAAAAUUGGGCUACGGAUGAAGAUUCCAACUUAAAUUUGUAUUGGCAACGCAGUUUGCUAUGCUUGAACCGUUUCUCCUGGUUCAAUGCAUUUGAAUGCCACAUUUUGUGCAAGAGGUCCUGGAGACCAAAGCUGGUUCUCACUUCAAUCAGCUCGAGCCAUUUCCUCAGCUGGUCCUGAUACACCACCCUUGGCACACCAUCACUUUCUUGUAUUUACCCAUCCGAAGACAUCGUUAUAGGAAAUUCUUUUGGUUUAGUUGUUACACCAGUGAGAUCAUCUUGGCACAUAUUCAUGUUUGCAGUUCUUUGAUUGAUCUGUCACUGCAUUUCGCCGUCUGAUAUUGGCCUACCCUGGCCAGGAUGUGCGAAGAGAUGUCUCUGCUGACAAUUUAGUUAUCCUUUUGUUUUCCCCGCCUGAGAGGAGCAGCAGCAGCCGGAUUAACGACUUGCUGAAGUUAUUAGUGUUUGGAUGAACGAUGAGUCAACAUCAGCAGCAGCUGAAUCAGAUAUCAGCUUUACUCAA